AUGUCCCGCAUCGGCCUCAAAAUGGUCGGUGUUAUAGCUAAGAUUGAGACUACUACAAGGGCGUUCCUGAAAUUGCUUCUUAUCCGGUCCCUGCGAAAUAUGAUCGCCCCUGUGGACAACCAAAAGACCGUGCAAAUCAUGGCUUUCCAUAGGGUAACACAGCCCAAGUGGGCUACUGAGCCGCGUGGUAGACCAAAGAUGACGCAAAACUAUGGCCACCGCUAA